AUGGGCAAAGGUUCAGGUGAAGCGGUAAAAUCCAAGUCACCGGCGGAGUUCUUCGCGGACAACCAGAACAUCGCCGGGUUCGACAACGCGGGUAAGUCUCUGUACACCACGAUCAGGGAGCUGGUGGAGAACAGCUUGGAUGCAGCCGAAUCGAUUGGGGCUCUCCCCCACAUCUCCCUCACCAUAGAGGAGUUCACGGAGGAAGAGUUUAACGAGCACCGCGGCAUGGACAACAGGGACGUGGUCGACGCUGGCCUGUUUAAGGCUUCAGGAGGGAAAAAAUCGACAAGCAAGGCGACCAAGGCGCUUCCCAAGCCGGCGGUAGCAGAGGAAGGUUCGGCCGACGAUCCUCAAGAGCCCUCGGCUGCCGCUGGGGCUACUGCUGCGGACCUUGACCCCAAAGAGAAGAAAGCCAAAAAUGACAAGAAAGGCCGGUCUAAGGGAGAUUCUCACUCCCUGUACUAUCGGGUCAAGUGCAAGGACAACGGAGUGGGCAUGCCACACGACAAGAUUCCGGACAUGCUUGGUGUGGUGCUAUCUAGCAGCAAGUAUGGCGUGCGGCAGGCGCGCGGCAAGUACGGUAUGGGUGCCAAGAUGGCCCUAAUUUGGUCGAAGAAAAGCACGGGGCUACCCAUCCAGGUGGUGUCGGGCUGCAGUUCGGACGUCAAAGACCCUCCGAAUUUCCUCACCAAGUGCGUACUGGAUAUCGACAUCUACAAGAACCGCCCGUCAGUUCACGAGCAUGUGAAACUUCCCAACCCGGAGGGCUGGAGGGGCACGGAGAUGACCGUAUGCGUGAGCGGGAACUGGCAAACCUACAAGUCCCGAGUGCUUCAGUACCUGCAACAACUGGCCAUCAUCACGCCGUACGCGGAACUGGAGCUGGAGUAUCACAGCCACGCCAACCCCAAGAAGGAUCUCACGGCCGUCUACCGCCGCCGUUCGGAGCAGAUGCCCCCCCUCGCGUACGAAGUCAAGCACCACCCUGGCAGCGUCAACAACCUCCUCGUACAGCAGCUUAUUCACAGGACCAAGUGCAAGGACCUGGUGGGAUUUCUGAUGAAGGACCUGUCUUCCAUCGACAGACCGCUGUCGGAGCGAAUCAUCGCGGAACUGGGGGAAGGCUUCCACCCGAAGAUGCAACCCUCCGCGCUGACCGUCAAGAUGGUCUCGAGGCUCACGCAGAUGCUCAGGGACGUGAAGCGCUUCAAGCCGCCGGACGGGGCAUGCCUCAGCCCAGCUGGGGAGUACAACCUCAGGCAGGUCAAGGAGGGCGUGAACGUCUACCGCUUCGCCAACCGUAUCCCCCUCCUCUUCGAGGCUGGCAGUGACGUGGUGACGAGGGUUGCCAUGAAGCGAAUAAACUGGAGCUCGUACAAGGUGGACCACAAGAGGGACAAGAUUGGCGUAUUCGUCUCGACCGUCAGCACCAAAAUCCCCUUCAAGGGGACGAGCAAGGAAUACAUCGGGGAUGACACCGAGGAGAUCAAGAAAGCUGUCAAGCACGCGCUGCAGCAGUGCUGCCAGCAGCUCAGGACGCACCUCCUCCGGAGAAACGCCCUACGCGAACAGAAAGAGAGGAAGAAGGUCCUCACCAAGUACAUCCCCGAUGUGAGCCGAGCAGUAUUCGGGCUCCUGACGGCUAUGCAGAAGCGUGCGCGGGAUGGUGAGGAGGACAAGGGCGGGGGUGCAGGGGGAGCCUCGAAGAGAGCCAGGGGGGCAACCGCAAAGACGCAAAUCAUGGCAUCUUUGGACAGCAAGGAAGUCACCGAGAAGACGCUGGCGGCUGGGCUAAGCGCGGCGGUUAACCAGCACGAUGCCGAGGCCGCCAAGGAGGAAAGCGUUGCUGCCGGAAGAGGAACGCACUCGCGGCAGGUGUGA